ACUGACAAAUCAUAACCUCAAUAUUUUAAGUUGGAUUUGUUUAGCUCACAGAGUGAACGUCUUGUGCCCGUUACAAUUUAAUUUAGUGAUAAUGCCUUUACUACAAUCAUAUUCCCCGAACUAUUUCUGCCUAGAAGAUAUAAUAGCCACCCAAGAACGUCUUCCAUGCCGAUUUCUUACAACCAUACCAAAAUUAGGUAAAUUAAAUUCAGCUUCUGAAGAUGAUGACCUAGCUGCUGGUACAGCACUAGAGUUACCACUAUGGCUAGCACAAUCAUUAACAUCAGGUAGACAAGCAAUAGUCUCAGCAGAACUGCCUCGAAUCUUCACUGAACCAUACAGAGAAAUACUGAAAGCCGAUCCAAAUGCUGUGAAUCUCCACAAAUGGAAUAUAAACUUCUAUGAGUUUGGAUUCUAUGCAAAAAGUCUCGAUCAACGUCGUGAAGUUGCUAAUAUAUUAAUUUAUACAUUCACAACAAGGUUCAAGAAGUUAAUGGACCUGGCAGAUAACGUAGGAACGGAUCCAACCGUCGAAAAUGGUUUGGAUAUGCUCGAAUGCACGUUGUUUAAAAGCGGUCACAAUGCACGCAUGAAACUGAAUCAUUGGUUGAUGGAAUCACACAUGCAGCUAGAAGCAUCCCACAUGGUUACCAAUCACAAGAAAAGGAAACACGUAAAUUUAACACAAUAGUUUUUUUAUUAUCAAAAAUACGAUUCGAUAUAAAAAGAUUUAAAAU